AUGGAUUAUUCUCGCGACAACGACAGCACUGCUGGCCUUAUCCGCACAUGCACGAUGGCGACUACUGAGGACGACGCCACAACCAUCUAUGGCAACGACAGACAGACCACAAAUGAGACGCAAAGGGCGCGAUUUAAAAUGCUCGAACACAGCGAUUGCGGCGGUCUAUCGUCUCAGAGCCGGGAACUUCAAACCACAAAGACUAUAUACGAGUCCUGGACCUUAACAUACCAUCGACCAGAAAUGCACGUCAAGGCUGAAUUCAGGUGCUUUUGUGUGUUUCCCAUAUUCUUGAAGACCUUCUCGACUAUACGAGGUCGGGUGGUGUCUAUUGCGCCAAAGACCCAGUUCGAACAGGAAGAACUCGCCGAGGUUGUGUCUUGCGUACGAAAUCAAUAUAAGCGAAGGCUCUUUAGCUCGAGUAAUUAUGAUAAAGAUGUUGAGGCCCGGCUAAGAAAGCUCGACUGGACGGUCCAAGACGAGCUUUACAAGUUGAUCCAGGAUCGCACUGGGAACGCCAGCAAUACGUUUCGACGAAGGGACUAUAAGCUUGUUGUGCUCCUGGAGGUCCCUGGGGGGGAGAUGACCGAUGCGGGAACUGGCACGCAGUGCAACAAGCGGUGGCCUCGAAUGCUGAGGAAGCUAAAGGGAACCAAAGCACCACACGUCGAGUACCGCGUCAUUUUUCGAGGAACUGAGAUUAUUAACAAUGAUGUUGGCUGGAGCGAUUAUGAUAGAUAUACUCAGCCUUCGAAAUUAGUUGAUGAGGCGGAGCUGGCGAAUGCUAGGGAAAAGAGCGGAUACCAGGAACUCUUGGGCUGA